GGGAGACGGGUGUCCCGAGCUCGGAGCGGUGCGGCUGUGGGGCCUCUUCCCGGGGCUUCUCCUCCACGCGCCCGGUGAGCUCGCCUGUCCCCGCGGGCCCCCGCCGGGUGCCGGGCCUGUGCGCAGACCCAGCCCCCUACGGGGCGGAGCCGGUGCCCGCGGUCCCUGAACCCCGCGUCGGUCCUGAGACCCGGGCCCGGAGGGCGGCCUGUGCCCCGCGUCAGGGUCCUGCCCGCGGCCGGCGGGGAGCCGGGGGAGGCCCUGCCGCCGGACGGCCGCGCAUCUUCUCCGGGGCCGUGAGCCGUGUCCGCACAGCGCCCGGUGGGGGAGGAGCCCGAGCAGCCCGAGGCCGAGGCGGAGAUGGCGGCCGCCCAGGGACAGUUGACCUUUGGGGACGUGGCCAUCCGGUUCUCCCAGGAGGAGUGGGAAUGCCUGGCGCCUGCCCAGCGGGCCUUGUACAGGAGCGUGAUGCAGGAGAACUACAGCAACCUGGUCUCUGUGGCACUUUCUUCCCAUUACAAAAAAGGACUGUUACCUAAGCUUGCCAUAAAGGACUCAUUCCAAAGAGUGCUCCUGGGAAGAUCUGGGAGCUGUGACCCUGGGGACUCACACCUGAGGACACACAGGGACGGUGAGGCUGAGCGUGGAGGGCAGGACGGCCAUCACGGAGGAGUGAAGAGCCACGGGAGGAGCCCCCGGGACAAGCCCCUCCCCGUCCGUGGGGACCCGCAGCCUGGGGUGACUCGGGACAAAACCCAGUGCAAGUCAGUUACUGUUGCAGAAGAAUGUGCUUCUGUGAGUAGAUGUCAUCAUCCAGUUUUGAAACACAACUCUUCUCAGAAAGAAAUCUUGGAAAACCUUAAAACUGAGGAGGGCCAUGGUGCAAAUAAUAGUUUCAAUCAUACAAAAUAUAACAACCCAUUAGAUAUUCAGUCAUAUAACUCUGAGGCCCAAAGAUACAGUGAGGAAGAAAUGUGUAAAUAUGUUGAAUUUGAAAAGUCAUUUAACAAGGAUUCAUUAUUCUUCCAAGAACAAAUAAUUCCCACUUGUGCUGGAACCUACAGUUUUGGUAACUAUUACAGAGAUUCUAUCCACCCAACAGUGCUUAAUGAAAGUGAGUUUAUAAACAAUGAGGAAAAACCUUACAUGUAUAAUAAAAGUAAGCAGUCCUUUGGGAAGGGCUCUAUAUUCAAUAAUUGCCACGGUAUUUACAUUCAAGAGAGAGCAUAUCACUCUAUGGAACUGAGAAUAAAUUAUAACAAAGGAUCAAGCCAUAGAGAACAUCAGAGAGCUCAGAUUCCAGAAAACCAUUCCCCAUGUAAUAAAUGUGGAGAAGUCUUCAAGGAAUGUGUCAAAACUUCUAAACAUUUCAAAAAUGUGAUUAAACACCACAGCAUCCACGCUGGUGAGGAGGCUUGCAAAUGUAAUAAAAAUGGGAAAGUCUGUAGUCAGUCUUCCCAUCUAAACAGUCAUGAGAGAAUUCAUACUGAAAGGCAAUCACAUAAAUGUAAAGACUGCAGCAAAUCCUUUACUUGUUCCUCAAUUCUUACUGUUAAUGAGAGAAUCCAUACAGGAGAGAAGCCUUACAAGUGUAAAGAAUGGGGCAAAGCCUUUAAGUGGGGCUCACAACCUGCUGAACAUCUGAGAAUUAUUUCUGGACAGAAAACUUACAGAUGUAAAGAGUGCGGCAAGUCCUUUACUUGUUCCUCAAGUCUUACUGUGCACUAUCGAAUUCAUACAGGAGAGAAGCCUUACAAGUGUACAGAAUGCAGCAAAUAUUUUACUUGUUCCUCAAGUCUUAGUGUGCAUGAGAGAAUUCAUACGGGAGAGAAGCCUUACAAGUGUAAAGAAUGUGGCAAAGCCUUUAAGCGGGGCUCCGAAUGUACGCGACAUCAGAGAAUUCAUUCUGGACAGAGUCCUUACAAAUGUAAAGAGUGCAGCAAGUCCUUUAGUUGUCCAUCAAGUCUCACUGUGCACCAGAGAAUUCAUACAGGGGAGAAGCCUUACACGUGUAAAGAAUGCAGCAAAUCCUUUGCUUAUUCCUCAAGUCUUACUGUGCAUGAGACAAUUCAUACUGGAGAGAAGCCUUACAAAUGUAAGGAAUGUGGAAGAGCCUUUAAGUUGUCUUCACAUCGUAAUCGACAUCAGAAAAUUCAUUCUAAACAGAAACCCUACAAAUGUGAAGAAUGUGACAAAUCCUUUAGAACUUCUUUACGUCUUAAUGAGCAUGAGAGAGUUCAUACUGGAGAGCAGCCUUACAAGUGUGAGGAAUGUGGCAAAGCCUUUAAGUGGAGCUCACAACUUAGUCUACAUAAGAUAAUGCAUUCUGGACAGAAACCUUACACAUGCAAAGAAUGCAGAAAAUCCUUUACUUGUUCCUCAAGUCUUUCAUCACAUUACAGAAUUCAUAGUGGAGAGAAACCUUACAAGUGUAAAGAAUGUGGCAAAGCCUUUAAGUGGGGCUCACAACUUACUGAACAUCUGAGGAUUCAUUCUGGAGAGAGACCUUACAAAUGUAAAGAGUGCAGCAGGUCCUUUACUUGUUCCUCAAGUCUUACUGUGCACUAUCGAAUUCAUACUGGAGAGAAGCCUUACAAGUGUAAGGAAUGUGGCAAAGCCUUUAGGCGGGGCUCACACCUUUACCGACAUCAGAGGAUUCAUUCUGGACAGAGACCUUAACACAUUUAAAGAGUGCAGCCAAUCCUUUACUCGUUCCUCAAAUCUUCAAGUACAUGAGAAAAGUUCAUAGUGGAGAGAAGCCUAGAAGUUCAAAGAAUGUGGAAAAGCCUGUAGUAAUUGAUCGAGUAUAAGUAAAUGCAAGAAUAUCCAAACUGGACUGAAAUCUUACAAGUGUAAAGAAUGUGACAAAGCAUUUACCCAGUCCUCAGUCCUUACUUAAUAUCAGAAAAUUCAUUCUGGACAGACACCUUACAAAUGUAAAGAGUGCAGCAAAUGUUUUUCAAGUCUCUCAAAACUUGUCAUCAGAGAAUUCAUACUGGUAAGAAACCUUACACAUGUAAAAUGGGGCAAAGCCUUUAAGCUGGGCUCAAGCCUUACUGCACACCAGAAAACUCACACUAAAGAGAAACAUACACACUGAUGUAGGCAUGAGCUUUGUGUAAACUAUAAAUAUAGGGAGGCUGAAAGUUUCCAGAUGGGAGAAAAAAAUCUACAAAUUGAAAGGCAGUGGCAAAGCUGUCGACUGCUCCUCACAUAUUGUACAUAAAAUUCAUAGUGGAGAGAAAACAUACCAACAUGGUUAGUAUGGAAAGACCAGUGCCCAAGAAAUAUAGCUUAAAAGCAUGACAGUCAUCAUAAUGGACAGAAAAUUUGCAGGUGCAAAAUAUGUUGGAAAAUAUUUAAAUAAAAAUCUAAAUUAGCCAGGAAUGAUUUACAUAAGAAACCACCAAAACUUUUUACUACGAAAGCACACCAAACUUUUUAGCAGUUGCUUUUAGAGUAUUUGUUACAAAAAUGAUUCAAAUUAAUAGUGACCACAAAAUUGACUUGGGAAUCUUUUUUUUAUAAUAUAGUUGCCUCCACCCCCCACUCCGUGUGCCAGUCUCAAGCUGCAGGCAGUCUUCUGUGUGCUUCUCACCCACUGGCUACAGAACGGACAUUCCCAUGACUUUCCCCUUGGGUUUGAGUAAUUUGUAGAGUGGCUCACAGAACUGAGGAAAAUACUCAUGUUCACCAGUUUAAAGAAGGAUACAAGUUAACAGAAAGAUGAAGAGAGACACAGGGCAAGGUCCCAAAUAAAGGAGCUUCUAUCCUCGUGGGGCUUGGGGCCUGGCUUGGUGGCCCAUGGAGGCCGUCUGGCUCCCCAAGCACGGAAGCUCUCAGCCAGAGAAGCAGGACCCAGGAGAGCAGACAACUAUAUAAGCUCUCUGGGGUUUUUGUGAGGGCUUCAUUCCAUAGCCAUAACUGAGUAAAUCAUUGUCCAUUGGCCAAUUCAUCCUCCAGCCCCUGCCCUUGGGAGGUGGUUCAAAUGUCUCCUCAAUAUGACGAGACACCCAUUUCAGCUUUAAGACUGCAGUGUUUUCAGGAACUGGGUGAAGACCAAAUAUAUCUGGGGAAUAUAUAUUCAUGUUACUAUCAAGUAAUUAUGUAUGACUCAUUAUCUCACACUCCCCACCUUGGUCUUCAAAUACAGAUUCUUUACCGCACAGUGGUCAUGCCUGUCAGAGCACUUACAUCUAGUAUGGCAUUUACAUGACAAAACAGGACCAAUGCAAAUAAAACAGGCUUACAUUUGAUGAAGCCAGUGUGUGGUGGUGACCCAUUUAAAGAGACAACUCAUUGUCUUAUGAAGUCCUAUGACCAAAUAUUCUACCAGAGCAAUGUAACUGACUUGUAGGCUGUCAUUCAACUUGCCAUGUUCCCAAGAUCACAGGUGGUUUUGACAAACACAGAGCUUCACCCUUCUGGCAUCUGGCAUGCUUUUGCUAAGAGAUAGUAUUACUCUCUUGCUCUGAGCCUCUCUCAAGGCAUUAAUAAAAUGUUGGAUUUCCCUCAUUGCAUAACCCACUUAUCCAGCCCAUUAACUUCACACAUGAUUUCAUCCUCUGUCCAUUUGUCAUUUAAUUUACCCAGACUUUUUGCCCAUGGAGGGAAUAUUAGAUUCAGCUAUUGUGCUGGUCCCGAUUGCUGACAGCAGUAUUAGUCAAGCAAGUUCCUCCCCAACUGUCCACUCCCUGUUAUCCUCAGCUAUAAUUUCUCCCUCUAUCCAUUUGUCACUUUACCCAGACUUUUCCCCCUGUGGAAGGGACAUCAGGUUUGGGUACUGUGCUGGUCCCGAUUGCUGGCAGCAAUACUAGCCUAGUGAGUUCCUUCCCUGCAGUCUACUUCUGCUCACGUGAGGUAGGGUUACACAGGUGCAGAGCUAGCAGGCUGCCACUAGGCAGCACAGCUGACAACUCACUAAUGUGCAGAAUGGCUACAAAUGGCCUAUGUGUGCGUGUGACUAGUUCUCUUGAUAAGAUGACUUUAGAAGGCAGAACAUGACACAUGUAACCCAGAAACACUUGAGGGGAAACUACAGACAUAAUUUGUAGUUAGCAGGCCAGAAGACAUUCUUGUUCACACACACACAGACUAGCAUAAUUGUUGAACUGGUCUGAAACUGUAAGAGCCAAAACAAAUUCUUUUACCUAAUCACUCACCUAUCAAGGACUUAUUCACUCCAGUGGAGGAAUAUGUUGUAUUUGAGUUUCAGGUAGGUUCUACAGACCAGUCAGAUGUCCCAGAUCUGGUGUUUAUCCUUAAUGUUCCCAGGUAAAGGCAGCGUGGAGAAAUUAACCCCUCAAAGUCGGAGGCCAUUCAGAAGUUAAGAGAUGCUGCAUGGACCCCUGCACACAACUCAGGAGGGCCUGUGAAGUCAUGCGUGUGCCACCUGGACUCUGUCCAAAAGUGCAAAAGGGGAGCAGGAAGGGUAAUCCUGUCCUGGAAAGAUGAUAGUCUCCAAGUCCGCUGAGACAAGGAGAGGGGAGCCCAGCUGUAUGACAGGGCAAGGCCUGGGAUUCAAAUGGGGGGAGCUGGGUGGUGGUGAGGAGGCAGAGCAGAGAACCUGAAGUGGAGACUUGAGAUCAGGGAAGAAGGCAAGCGAUUCAUUUGACAUUUAGGUCCCCACUGGAGCCCCAGCACCACCACGCCUCUCGUAUCACUGGCAGGACACGUCUCCUCCCAGAGGCAAAGGGCUUUUAAGUAGUUUUCAGCUUAAAAGAACAAUUUCCGGUACAAGUGACCCACAGACUACCAGUUUAUAUUUUAGCGUUUGAAACAAGUUAACUGCUCCGCAUUAAACGGAAUAGACGGA